AUGAGUUCUUUCGGCAGCCCAGGCUCCGGCCCGUACACCGGGAAGCCUACCCCGCCGCAACGUGGUAGCUUUCCUCUAGAUCAUGAUGGCGAAUGCAAAGAUGUCAUGACGCGCUACCUCUCAUGCAUUAAGAGGGUCAAGGGGAUGAAUGAUGAAGAGUGCCGCGGCCUGGCGAAGUCGUAUCUUGGAUGUCGGAUGGACCGGAACCUAAUGGCCAAGGACGACUUCAAGAACUUGGGAUUCCAAGAGCAGUCGAACACAGAUGCAUCAACGGCUCCGGCUCCUAGAAAGGAGGACACGAAAGGUUCCCAGUCGUAG